CCCACUCAAAGUUUCUCAAAUAUCACGAAGCCCCAUGUUACUGCUACAGUCAUUACUGACUUCCAAGAGAUCAACAUGGCUCAGAACUGUAUCACUGAAUACCUGAAGGCUGACAGCAAACAGGAGAAGAUAGUCUUGCGCUUCUGUCUGGAAAUGGUCACAGAGACACAACUGAGCGCAGACCAGAAUCUAGAAUUGGAGAGUUUCGAUACAGAAGGUGAAUGUGUUGUCGACGGAAUACUUCCUCAAAAGAUAAGAGGGUCUUAUGAAAAAGCUGAUGAAUGUAAAGUUCUGAUUCAGAAUCGACGCCAAAAACUCUUACGCCCUGAAAAUAUCAAACCAAGAAGACAAACGGCUUGCAUGAAUAAUUCCACCUCAGACAUCACCAUCUACUCCUACAAGUCGAAUGUGUUAGAUGAUCUGGAAAAAGGUGUUCCUGUUGUAUUGAAGAUCAGUGACUCAAAUCAAUUUCUGAAAUGCACAUUCAUAGGGAACAAAGCAAGUCUGGCUGUCGAGUACUGGGAACAGGAUCAACUGGAUCUUAUCUAUAAGAAUGACCCAGCCACUUGGCCUUUUGUCUUCUACCUCUCGACUACGAAGGACAACUGCCGUCGCUUCGAGUCAGCCGAGUGCAAUGGUUGGUUCAUCCGCACAGAAUCCGACUCUGUGUACAUGGAUGAACAUAGAGAAAAAGAUUCAGAUAAUUAUUACUUCUACGUUAUACGUUUAUGCAAUACAACAAAGUCAAAGUGAAGUAUGAUGAUAACCAAUAGGUGCUAUUAUACAGAACUGAAUUUAUUCCAUGUGGACUUCUAAUUAAUUCUGCAUAAUUAAGCUAUCAUGAAAUAUCUCUCAGUAAGCACUGUGUGAAUUGAUUAUCAGCAUAGAGAGAGAGAGAGAGAGAGAGAGAGAGAGAGAGAUGGUUUAAGUUUUUUGCUUUUUGACAUUUAUUUAUCUCAAGUUAUUUUUUUCUUUUAGUGAUAGUGAUGUACAUUAUAGUGAAAUACUGUACACUCAUCUGCCACUUUAAUCAGAACUUGUUCUUGAUUGUAAGAUUCCUGUUCUUGGAACCCAAUGUGGUCUUCUGCUGUUGCAUGCUGAGAUGCUUUUCUGCUAUAUCCUCCCUGGCAGCUCGAAUCAGUCUGGGGUGGGUUUCCAGACUCUUAAAGCCAAAAGAGUCUUAAAUUACCUCUUAAGCUCCAUCGUCAAGUUAAUGUGGUUUUCCCGAACAACAUCGUAGCCCAAGUAGUCCUUUAGGUGGCUUGGAAUUUACGAGAGACCCGGACCACUCGUUCAAAACAAAGAGUGACUCACUCACAGCCAAAUACACAGAAUGCGCAUGGGCCUCCGAGGGACUUUCAUAGUCAUUGGGGGAAACUGGUGUUCACUCUGCUGAUGGCGUUAAAUUAUUUUUUUCUUGUACAUUGCAAGUACAUCGAGUUAAUUAUUAAAUAAAUAUACACAAAACACUAUGAAUAUAUUUCAAUAUGUUAUGGAAUUACGUAUGGAUAUUGGAAUGUCACAUUUAUAUCACUACAUUUUAAUGAAAUUUAACUCCAUUAGGCAAGUGAUUACCUAAUUUAGUGUCAUAAAUGAGACACAUUUCUGCACCUCUAACAUUGUGUGUGUGUGUGUGUCUCUCUCUCUCUGCGUGCAUGCACUUAUAAGGGAGAACAUUGCCUACUCUGCACUAUGGGUAACAGUUGAAAUAAUCCUGACUGCAUGAUUAGGGGAUAACAGUGAAAUGAGCGAGCAGGGGGAACACAUUUACCUAAUUAUUUAGCUUAUUAUUUGCUCAUUCUUUCAUGUGAACAUUUGUUCAUUUAAUUAAAAACACGCUUGGAAUAAAAAAAAAUGUCCAAAAACGUAAAAUAGUUUCAUUAAUUAAUUACCACAUUGUAUACCAUAUGUAAUGCUUCCAGAUGAUACUAUAUCUUAUCUUAUUUUAAACACUUUAUAUUUCAUUAGAUUUUGGUUAAAAAUGAACGCCAUGUGACCUUAUUGACUGGAUUUAGCAACUAAUAAUGCCUCCAGCAAUGACAGUACGAUUGCCUUUAGCAACUACUAAUGUCUGUAUUGGGGACACACAUUGCAAAGACGCUCUUUGUCCUGUUGCUCGUUGGACUCCUUCUUACGUGUGAGUUCGGGAAAACCACGUACAGAGACAAUGUUCAUUGCUUAAGAGAAUCUCUCAGCUCGCUCUUUAGCCUUAAAGGGCAACAUUAUCGGGAAACCCACCCCUGGCCAUUUUCUUCUGACCUCUCUUAUCAACAAGACAUUUGUUUCCACCCACAGAACUGUCGCUCACUCACUCUGUGGUUUUUGUUUUUUGCACCAUUCUCUGUAAACUCUAGAGACUGUUGUGUGUGAAAACCCCAGGAGAUCAGCAGUUUCUAAAAUACUCAAAUCAGUCCAUCUGGCUCAAACCAACACCCAUGCCACAGUGCAAGUCACAGAAAUCACCAUUUUUCCCCAUUCUGAUGUUGGAAGUGAACAUUAACUGAAGCUCUUGAUUUUUAUCUGCAUGAUGUUAUGAAUUGUGCUGCUGUCAAGGGAUUGGCUGAUUAGAUAACUGCAUAAAACAGCAGGUGGAUGGGUGUACCUAAUAAAGUGGCUAGUGCGUGUGUACAGUAUGUGUAUAGAUAGAGAUGCUAAAUAUGGUAAUAAUAUGCAUCGCUGCUGAAUAUCACUGUUAAUAAUAAUAUCAGAUAGUAAUUGGAGUCUGAAUAUCAUUUUAUUCACUUGAUUAUUAUUGUGUAACCUUUAACUGCCAUUGCAGUCAGUCAUAAGUAAUAUGUAUCAUAUCACAGUUUACUGACUCUCCAUUCGAAGUAUUUUUAUGUCUGAUUUUCAUUGGUGUGUCCAUUUCUUUGC